AUUUCAUUUAAAUUGUAAAUUUGGGAAUUUUUAGAAUUCAACAUUUAAAAAAGCAGGACCAUGAUCGGAGCAAGGUAUUGACUUUCUUAAAUCCUCACCCUGCGGUGUACAGAAAAGAACGUUGAUAAAAUGUUACCAAAUUGCAAAUAAAAAACAGUACAAUUACAAAACAGAAGACGAAAAGCCAAGACAGGGGGCGCGCUAGGGAAAUCAACAGUUUUAUGUUCGAGCUUGACUGCUCUGUUUUGUCUUGUCUUUUUGCUUCUUUCAUUAUACGGAAGUUUUACACAGCAGUACCAUGACAACGGUGCGUGAUCGUUGUGCUACCGGGAAAAUUAAACUCUCUUUUAACAACUGAGAAGUUUUGGUGAUUAUAAAUUUAUUGGUAGAUGUUGCAAUAAACGAACAUGCAACGCGAACGAAACGUGAAUAUGAAGGAGGUGAUAGGAUCGCUUUGCUACCUGCUGUCCAGACUGGGAGUCGACUCUGUUCCCAGCCCGGAGGCCUUCAGACGGGCCAAAUUCGGCAAGGCGGACGGGACUGUUGAGUUUUGGAGGUUUUUGCACAGCUUGUUGGAAAGAGAAGUCAGUUUGGGAUGUGAUUGCACUGCCUUGCAAGAAUCUCAUAUAGAGAGGCAGGUCAGUGUUGUGCAGUCAGCACUGUGGCACUGUGGCUACGGUGCAUUGGAGUUCUAUCAGCUGCCCACUGAUGGCUCUCAAGGAAGCAGAGAACUGCUGCUGGCAUUUUCCUGGCUCCUGUCCAGGGCUGGCCUGUUGGAACACCUGCUGGAGAAGUCCUGCCUCAGGCUGGAGGACAUUACGCCCCCCUCUGUGCUCCCUCUGUCUGUGUGUGCUGAUGGAGACCUGCCUGUGUCUGCAGAGGUUGCCGAAGGGCUGGAGAGCAGUGUCAGGCACCUGCAGUGGCAGCAAGGUAGACUGAGGCUCCAUUGGAAGACUGUCCAGGCUUCACGAGAGGAGAGAGCCAUACUGCUGCACAAGAUCCAUUCCUACACUAAAGGCUGUCAAAUCAUCCCUACAGUCAGCCAUCUUUCUGCUAUGGAAACUAAUUUCAUCAAAGACCCCAUGGAGCAGAACAGGAUCUUGAAGAUGCUGCAGUCUGAGAUUGCUCUGCUGGAGAGUUACUUGGAAUGGAAACGCCUGGAGCCACUAUAUUGGUGUUGGAUGGACAGUGUAAUUGAUGCCAAGCUUGCAGAUCCCUUGAAAUCGCAAGGUGCUUUCCACAAGGAUGUUGUUGCUAUGACACCGAAGGUCAAGAAAAUCAAUAAGAAUUGUUGCCAAGGCAACAUGGAAAUGAGAGAAAUCAACCAACUCAGCAAGGUGCUGAUGGAGCUUAAUGUGGGGAUACAGGAGGCUCUAUCUGCCAAAAGGGCCACUUGGUGCUUAUUGCAGAUGGAAAAGAAAUGUCCAGAUGCACUUAACUCUUCUGUGGAGUUUGGAGACACUUUUGCAAAUCUUCAAGAGAAAGUCAGACAGAAACUUUGUGCUCUGAGGACACAUGGAGUGCAGAACAAAUGUUUUAAAGAUACCACCUUCAGGCUUGUUCUGAGAGAGCACCAACCUCAACAGCCUUUCUCUGAAAAAGCAGUGCAAUCAGGAGAACUCCCAGCCUCCCAAGCCAUUAAGGCGCUGCAGGAAAUGGAAGCUGACUUUCAGGCAGAGCUGUGUGAACUGCAGCAAGCCUGCAGGAACGAGAUUUUGGAAAAUGUGGGCAGGUUGGAGGGGAUGAUUUUUAUCCCGCCAAUGAAGAAGUGAACACCAUAGUAUUCAUCAGGGCUUUAAAUGACGACUGGCUCACUUCUUUGUGACUGCAGCGCCACAUCUCAUCAAACUUUUCCCAGCUGGCUGAUUCUUCUUCUUCUUGUAACACAGAUUUCUCGAAAUAGAAACAUUUUGAAAAUUACAAGAACUCACUAAGAAACACUUCAGAAAACAGUAGGAAAGAGUCAUUCAAUUCUUCCACUGAACUCUUAAUGGAUUAACAGUAGUGUGUUAAGUAACAAUAAAAAAGCAUGUGUUUUAGCAUUAAUAAAAUUACUAAUUAUACAUGAAAUGUAUAAGAAUGGAUCAAACCAAGUAAAGUCUUGGGUACCUGGGUAUUUUUGCCAUGUUAAGUUAAAGUUAAAAGUAUCUUGUAUAUUUGACAGAUACAGUUUAUUCCCUUGACAGUCAAGGGAAUAAGCUAAAUAAAUAAUUGCAUUUUG